CCCCAUUGUCAUAACAACCAUCAGGCCUGGAGGGCCUGCCGACAGGGAAGGAACGAUCAAGCCGGGCGAUCGACUCCUGAGCAUCGACGGUAUCCGUCUCCACGGCAGCAGCCUAUCAGAGGCCAUGAGCAUCCUGAAGCAGUGCGGGCAGGAAGCCACGCUGCUCAUCGAGUACGACGUGUCCGUGAUGGACUCGGUUGCCACGGCGUCGGGGCCGCUGCUGGUGGAGGUUGCCAAGGCGGCGGGCUCCAGUCUGGGCGUGGCUCUGUCCACCUCCAUGUUCUGCAGCAAGCAGGUCAUCGUCAUCGACAAGGUCAAACCCGCCAGCAUCGCAGACAGGUGCGGUGCGCUGCAUGCAGGUGACCACAUCCUGUCUGUUGACGGGACGUCCAUGGAGUUCUGCUCUCUGGCUGAAGCCACGCAGCUGCUGUCCGCUUCCUGUCAGACCGUCCGCAUGGAGAUCCUGCCGCAGCACCAGACCCGACCGGCCCUGAACGCACCGCAGCACGCCAAGGUGCAGCGGAGUCCCCGCCCCCUCCCCUGGGAGACUGGAGGCUCCGCCCCCAUCCUCCCCCCCUACCACUACAACACCUACCACCCCGACCAAUCAGCUUCCAGAUCUCUGAACCGCCAUACAAACAACCCUCCUCUCAGCCACUCGUUCUCUCCCGGGUCCAUGUCAGCCUAUAGUCUCUCGUCCCUCAACAUGAACACGCUGCCCCGGAACAUGUAUCCCACAAGCCCGCGGGGCACGCUGAUGAGGAGGAAGAUGAAGAAGAAGGACUUCAAAAGCUCCUUGUCUCUGGCGUCCAGCACCGUGGGUCUGGCCGGGCAGGUCGUCCACACGGAAACCACGGAGGUGACGCUGAUCGGGGACGGCAUCAUGGGAUUUGGCCUGCAGCUGCAGGGCGGGGUCUUCGCCACGGAAACGCUCUCCUCGCCGCCGCUCAUCGCCUACAUGGACCCCGACAGCCCCGCCGAGAGGUGUGGCAUACUGCAGAUUGGUGACAGGAUAUUGUCCAUAAAUGGAGUUCCUACUGAAGACUCCACAUUGGAAGAAACCAAUCAGCUCCUCCGGGACUCGUCCAUCACUGCACAGCUGACCCUGGAGAUCGAGUUUGAUGUAGCAGAGUCGGUCGUCCCCAGUUCUGGAACGUUCCACGUGAAACUUCCCAAGAAACCAGGAGUGGAGCUGGGAAUCACCAUCAGCUCUCCGUCCAACAGGAAGCCAGGAGACGCUCUCAUCAUCUCUGACAUCAAGAAGGGCAGCGUGGCACACAGGACGGGAACGCUGGAGCUCGGCGACAAGCUGCUCGCCAUCGACAACAUCCGGGUGGAGAGCUGCUCCAUGGAGGAGGCGGUGCAGAUCCUGCAGCAGUGUGAGGAGCUCGUCAAGCUCAAGAUCCGCAAGGACGAGGACAACUCAGACGAACAGGAAGUGUCUGGCAGCAUCAUCUACACAGUGGAGCUGCAGCGGUACGGCGGCCCGCUGGGAAUCACCAUCUCCGGCACCGAGGAGCCGUUUGACCCCAUUAUCAUCUCAUCACUGAGCAAAGGAGGGCUGGCAGAGAGGACCGGGGCGAUCCAUGUGGGCGAUCGGAUCCUGGCGAUCAACAGCAGCAGCCUGAAGGGGAAGCCGCUGAGCGAAGCCAUCAGCCUCCUGCAGCAGGCGGGCGAGACGGUGACGCUGAAGAUCAAGAAGCAGGGCGAGCUGUCCAGCCCAAAGUCGUGUGUGAUUGGCUCAGGGCUUGGGCAGGGGGCGGGGCUCGGGCAGGAGAACCAGGAGGGGGAGGAGGAGCCUGUCGUCAUGGUAGCGCCCCUGUCGGGUCAGAGGCCGUUCAGCACGCUGCCGUCCGUCGACAGCGCCGUGGAAUCAUGGGACGGAUCCAACAUGGACAGCAGCUUCAGCACCGCCGCUCCACCCUUCCAGUCGUCUCCCUACAGUUUCCACGAUUGGCGAAGCACCAAGAUGACCAACAGCCAAUCAUCUUCUUCUGCUCGCCAGAGAGCCAAUCCGCUGUCAGAUCUGGGCCUGAGUGACGACGACUGGGACCGCCCACCGCUCAGCGGAGCCUGUAAUCUACCCAGCGGUCUAAUCUCUGACAGCAGGUUCAACGUGGGGCAUGAUGGGACGGAGCCGGACCAGGAGGAGAACUUCUGGUCUCAGGCUCUGGAGGACCUGGAGACGUGCGGGCAGAGCGGCAUCCUGCGGGAGCUGGAGGCAACCAUCAUGUCAGGAUCCAGCCUCAGUCUGAACCAUGACCCCGCCCCCCUGCGCAGCACGCUGGGCCGCCAGGCCAGCUUCCAGGAGCGCAGCACCUCCAGGCCGCAGGUGACCCCGCGCUCCAACACCUUGCCCUCUGACCCCCAGCGCCGAGCCUUCGCCAUGAGGAAGAUGAGGCAGGAAGUCAACGACAUCCUGACUCAGAACCCUGUGGAACUCCACAAGCUGACUCUGGAGAAGGCCUCAGAUCUGGAGGAUUUCGGGUUCAGUGUGUCUGACGGUUUGUUGGAUCGUGGCGUUUACGUUAACAACAUCCGAGCGGGGGGGCCGGCCCAGAAGGGGGGGCUGCGGGCCUACGACCGAAUACUGCAGAUUAACCAUGUAAGGACCAGAGACUUCGACUGCUGCCUCGUCGUUCCUCUCAUCGCCGAGUCUCCCAACCGGCUGGAGCUCGUCAUCAGCCGAAACCCCGCCUCCUCCGCCCUGACCGCCAAUCAUGUCGACGGCACCACCUCUGGCCACGCCCCUCAGCCAACCGACGGCGAGCCGGGCCCGUCGGAGCUCCCCGUUGGCCAGGGAGAGGACGGCCCGAUCAGCUGGAGCCAACCGGGAGAGGGCGUGGGGGCGGGGCCAGUCAAUAACAGUUCCUUAUAGCAGAGACACUGGAUGAAACUGGUUUAAACCGGAUCAGGCCGGUUCUAACCAGAGUGGACUGCAGAGGUCACUGAGUCAAUACAGCAGAGAAGGAGCUGGAUCAGACCGGUUCAGACCGGUUUGCAGAUGAGACCCCAUGGUGCUACACACCCUCUGGAUGACCUCUGACCUCUGACCCCGACAACAGCCUGGAAGCACACCGACGGACCGCCUCCUCACCUGAACCGGUUCCACGGGUUCCACUGGAACCAGUUCUACUGCUCCUUUCGGUUCCUCUAGGACCAGUAACACUGGUUAUGCUGGAUCCAGGUCAAUUGGUUCUACUGGUUCCACUGUUUCUACUGGAACCAGUUCUACUGCUAGCAGAACCAUUUCUAGAACCAGAACCAGAACUAUGGCUACUGAUCCUACUGGUUUUACCGGAACCAUUUCUCCUGGUUCUGCUGGCACUACUGGUUCUACUGGAACCACUUCUACUGGUUCCACUGGUUCUUCUGGACCAGUUCUAGUGAUCCAAUGGGUUCCACCGGUUCCACCAGAGCCAUGGCUACUGGUCUGACUGGAACCAGAACCACAGCAGCACAAAGACUGACCUGCUGACGCACAGACAGACGGGUUGCUAUGGAGACGGUCAUACAGAUGGUCAGGUUGCUAUGGAAACAGUUGUGUGCCAUGAAGAGCCUGCAGACCAGAGGAACCACGAGAACACUGAUGA